AAUGGAAAAGUGUGGCAAGGGAGGAAUAUGUAACUUUUCCGGGUCCUAGUUGGAAAAUCUCCCUCCCCAUUAUCAUCUCCUAUAAGUUUCAAGUACUGAUUACUGAAUUGUCUUUACCUUUUUCUCUAAGCUGUACAAGAAGCUCAGUUGACACCUCCUUCAAAGGCCGCUGGGAAGAGAAACAUAGCUACAAUUACGAAGAAAAACCAUGUCUUCUCCAAGCAAACGCCGAGAGAUGGAUUUGAUGAAACUGAUGAUGAGUGACUACAAGGUAGAGAUGAUCAAUGAUGGCAUGCAAGAGUUCUAUGUUGAUUUCCAUGGACCCAGCGAUAGCCCUUAUCAUGGAAGUGUGUGGAGGAUAAGAGUUGAGCUACCGGAUGCUUAUCCUUAUAAAUCUCCAUCUAUAGGCUUUAUUAAUAAGAUCUACCAUCCAAAUGUUGAUGAAAUGUCAGGUUCAGUUUGUUUAGAUGUUAUUAAUCAGACUUGGAGCCCCAUGUUUGAUCUUGUAAAUGUGUUUGAAGUAUUCCUACCACAGCUUCUCCUGUACCCCAACCCAUCAGACCCUUUGAACGGAGAGGCUGCAGCUUUGAUGAUGCGUGACCGAGCUGCUUAUGAACAAAGAGUUAAAGAAUAUUGUGAGAAGUAUGCCAAGCCAGAAGACAUUGGAGCUGUCCCAGAAGAAAAAUCUAGUGAUGAGGAACUGAGUGACAAUGAAUCUGAUUCCAGUGAUGAGCAAGUAGCAGGCAAAGCAGAUCCAUAGGUGUUCAGGGGAUGUCCUUUAAACUUAAUCUCUAGUUGUAAAUGGUGUUUUAGCUUUUUGUUAAUUCAUAAACCUAGCUCCAAUGAAUAUAGAAUUGUUCAUGUUCUAUACAUGCAGUCGUAAGAUGCGCAAGCGUUAUGCAGUCACUUUAAAAAAGAGUGGAAUCUAUUAUUAAAAAAUCAUUAUUUUUUUAUGUGGAUCUCGUGUUAUUCACUUUUUUCAAAGUGAUUGCAUGGCGCAUGCAUAUUGCAACUAUCAUUUCUCAUUGUUCAUAGGUGUGGAGUUUACAGCCUCUAUUAGUUUUCUGUCAUUGUAAAUAAUUGAACUUUCCAUU